AUGCUGUUGGAAUUGGAGGGAUUGGAUGCAAGCAGAGUCGAUACCCUUAACAAUCUCUUAGCAGGAAAACAGGCUGUGGCAAGAGCCUAUAAAAAAAGAGUUAGAAACAAGAGUCUUGAAGAAGGAGAAGUUGUCUGGAAGGUAGUUCUACCCCUUGGAACACACGUUGCUGGUUAUGAAAAGUGGUCACAUACAUGGGAUGGACCUUUCAUAGUUAAGCAAGUCCUUGGAUUGGGGGCAUACAGGUUACAAGACCAAUAUGGGGACAUCCAUGCAGCGCCAAUCAAUGGCAAAUGGUUAAAAAAGUUCUAUCCAGUCAUGUGGGAUUCACAGGCAUUACAAAUAGAUCCUGGGAUCGAAGUAGAAAUGGAUGAAAUUAUUGCUUAA